AUAUUUUUCCUUUACUUUCUCUCUCCUUUUUCCCGUGUGUCGGUGAACCCAUUUUGCAGCUUCGUUUUUCAGUUUCAAGAUCCAAGAACUGGGUUUUGGUUUUUGCUUUUGGUUUUGGUUUCGUAAUCUGGGGUUUCAAUUGAGUUUGGUGAGGUGUUGGUGGUGGGAGAAGUCUUCAACGCCAAGGAAUGAGAGAUUUGUUAAUACUGAAUUGUCAAAGAUUGUGUGCUCUGUAUGGUAAUUGAUAUUGUCGGUGUAAAGGUGGAUUUGGGUUUGGUUUGGAUUCUAUGUUGGAGAAGAAGGUGGGACGGUGGGCUUCUGAUCCGGAGCAGGGGUAGGUGGGGCAAAUGCGGCUGAUUCCGUCGCUGGAUUGAUUUGAUUCGCCGUCGCCCGCCUGAUCAGUUUUCCGUUAGUAAACAAAGCCGAUUUGCUGUUCCAUUUACAGACGAGCUUUUUUGAAAUUCUAUAUACUUGCCUAAGAAAAUGCAGCACGAUCACCGGAAAAAGAGUUCUACGGAGAUGGAAUUUUUCUCUGAAUAUGGUGAUGCUAAUAGAUAUAAAAUUCAGGAGGUUAUUGGGAAAGGUAGUUACGGCGUUGUUUGCUCUGCAAUUGACACUCAUACUGGUGAAAAAGUUGCAAUAAAGAAAAUACAUAAUAUUUUUGAGCACAUCUCAGAUGCUGCUCGUAUUCUCCGCGAGAUAAAGCUUCUGAGACUUCUUCGGCAUCCUGAUAUUGUUGAGAUUAAGCACAUUAUGCUGCCCCCUUCAUGUCGAGACUUUAAAGAUAUUUAUGUUGUUUUUGAGCUCAUGGAAUCGGAUCUUCAUCAAGUUAUCAAAGCCAAUGAUGACUUGACUCGAGAGCACUAUCAGUUUUUCCUUUACCAGCUACUUCGUGCGUUGAAGUAUAUUCACACUGCAAAUGUUUACCAUCGUGAUUUAAAGCCAAAAAAUAUAUUGGCAAAUGCAAACUGUAAACUAAAGAUAUGUGAUUUUGGGUUAGCAAGAGUUGCAUUCAGUGAUACACCUACAACAGUAUUCUGGACGGACUAUGUUGCUACAAGAUGGUAUAGAGCUCCAGAGCUAUGUGGAUCCUUUUUCUCUAAGUAUACACCUGCAAUUGAUAUAUGGAGUAUAGGCUGCAUCUUUGCAGAAGUAUUAAUUGGGAAGCCACUUUUUCCGGGAAAAAAUGUUGUUCACCAGCUGGAUUUGAUGACUGAUCUCCUUGGGACACCUUCAUUAGAUACCAUCUCCCGGGUCCGAAAUGAUAAGGCAAGGAGAUACCUAACUACCAUGAGAAAAAAACAGCCUGUGCCAUUUCAACAAAAAUUUCCAAAUGCAGAUCCCUCGGCUCUACACCUCUUGGAGAGAUUGCUUGCCUUUGAUCCAACAGACCGGCCAACUGCUGAAGAGGCACUUGCAGAUCCUUACUUCAAGGGACUGGCAAAAGUUGAGAGAGAGCCUUCAUGUCAACCGAUUACUAAGAUGGAAUUUGAGUUUGAGAGGAGAAGGGUCACAAAGGAGGAUAUAAAGGAGCUAAUUUUCCGAGAGAUUCUGGAAUACCAUCCUCAGCUGCUGAAAGACCACAUGAAUGGAACUGAGAGGACUAAUUUUCUCUAUCCUAGUGCUAUUGACCAAUUCAGGAAGCAGUUUGCACAUCUUGAGGAAAAUGGUGGGAAAAAUGAUACAACAAUUCCUCUUGAAAGAAAGCACGCGUCCCUUCCCAGGUCAACAGUUGUACAUUCCAAUACAAUUCCUCCAAAAGAUCAACCAAACAUCAAUUCCUUCAAAGAUAGGCAAACUACAGAGGAAGCAUACAACAAAAAUUCUAGGGAGAGAGUAGCCAUUCCUAUAAACAUAUCGAGGACCUUGCAUGCACCACAAAGAAUCCCAUUAGCUAAGCCGGGAAAAGUUGUUGGUCCGGUUGUGCCAUAUGAAAACGGAAACAUCAUAAAAGAUACCUACGACCCAAGAACAUUCGUCAGAAGCACAAUGGUUCCAACCCAUGCUGUUCCUCCUGCAUACUCUUACUGCAAUUCUAGUGCAGGAAAUCAAGAUCGAUCCAGAAUGGAGUCUGACAGGGAGUUGCCCUCACAAGCAAAACAAGGUCCUCAAUGUGGCAUGGCAGCCAAAUUUGCACCUGAUAUUGCAAUCAACAUUGACUCCAACCCUUUUUUCAUGACACGAGGAGGAGUAAACAAGGUGGAACCUGUUAACGAUAGAAUUACCAUCGACACAAACUCGUUGCAGGCAAAAGCUCAAUAUGGUGGAAUAGAUGUCACAGCUAGUACAGUUGCUCAUAGAAAGGUUGGGACAGUUCAGUAUGGCGUGACCAGGAUGUACUAGUGAAGGAUAGAGGCUGAGUGAGUAGGAAUUGCUUAUGGAUGCGAAGAAUACGAUAACCGUGUAAAAAUAGAGUUAGCUUUCUCUGUAGUAGCUAGCAAUUAAGUUUGUAAUAAAAGUAUGACAGCCAAAUCAUAGAUUUAAUUUUAUACAUAAGAAAAAGCUCUCUCUUUCUCCGAAAAUGAUGGUUACUGGUUAGGUUGUAACUGUGGACUCAUCUCUAGAUCAGUUGAGAAACUCUGUGGUCCGUGAUACAAUCUUUUCAGUUAAGAUAAAUAAGAACCGUACAU